AUGAAGCAGAAACUUACCAUACUGAAGAAAAAGACCAAGAUGAUGACCUCUUAUUCUACAAUCCUUGGACUGAUAUUGUUACUAACAACAACCCUGCAGUAUAUGUUGUUUUAACUGCUGAAGUUCCUACAACUCCUCUUUUAAUU